AAGCAUUCCGAUCAGGUUUGCCGUUGUCAACGAUGCAAGUGCUCGUUUCGCGGACGAACCCCGGGCACAGGCGCCGUGUGAGUGGCACGGACACCUCGAUGAGGCGCUACCACCACCGUCUCCUCGCGUAAUUCGCCACAAACUCCGCUUGACAGCACCCGAGGAAUACAAAGUGCCCGGCGGAGCCCGGACUCGGUGCUUUAUGUGUUGCCGAAGAGUGGCUGGAGAGGAAGCCAGAGCCAUGGGUUUCUCCUUCAGCCUUCGAUGAACUGAGCUAAGGUGGAUCCACGCAACUCAGCCAAACAGUCCCUGCCUGCCGUGGGGACUUCCUUCUCCCCAUCACACACUCGAGCAAUGGCAGGCUUCAAGCGGGGUUAUGAUGGCAAGAUUGCAGGCCUGUACGACCUGGACAAAACACUGGGCCGUGGCCAUUUUGCUGUGGUGAAGCUGGCACGCCACGUCUUCACUGGGGAGAAAGUGGCAGUGAAAGUGAUUGACAAGACCAAGCUGGACACUGUGGCCACAGGUCACCUCUUUCAGGAAGUCCGCUGCAUGAAGCUGGUCCAACAUCCCAACAUUGUGCGCCUGUAUGAGGUGAUAGACACCCAGACCAAACUGUACCUCAUCUUGGAGCUUGGUGAUGGUGGUGAUAUGUUUGACUACAUCAUGAAACACGAAGAGGGUCUGAACGAAGAGCUUGCCAAAAAAUAUUUCGCACAGAUUGUCCAUGCUAUCUCCUAUUGCCAUCGGUUGCAUGUGGUGCACAGAGACCUGAAGCCAGAGAAUGUGGUGUUCUUCGAAAAACAAGGGCUGGUUAAACUCACCGACUUUGGAUUCAGUAACAAGUUUCAGCCAGGGAAGAAGCUGACAACGAGCUGUGGAUCUUUGGCAUACUCUGCACCUGAAAUACUGCUGGGGGAUGAGUAUGAUGCUCCAGCCGUAGAUAUCUGGAGUCUGGGCGUGAUCCUGUUCAUGUUGGUGUGUGGCCAGCCUCCCUUCCAGGAAGCCAACGACAGCGAGACCCUCACCAUGAUCAUGGACUGUAAAUACACUGUACCGGCUCAUGUCUCCAGCGCCUGCAAAGACCUUAUAGACCGCAUGCUUCAAAGAGACCCCAAGCGACGAGCGUCUCUGGACGAAAUCGAGACGCACACCUGGCUGCAGGGGGUGGACCCGUCCCCGGCCACCAAGUACAACACUCCACUGGUCUCCCACAAGAACCUGUCCGAGGAGGAACACAACAGCAUCAUCCAGCGCAUGGUGCUGGGAGACAUCGCAGACCGAGAAGCCAUAGUCGAAGCCCUGGAGACCAACAAAUACAACCACAUCACAGCCACAUACUACCUGCUCGCAGAGAGGAUCCUGAGGGAGAAGCAAGAGAAGGAGGUCCAGACCCGCUCGUCCAGCCCCAGCAACAUCAAGGCACACUUCAGGCAGUCCUGGCCCACCAGAAUGGACAUGCAUCAGGACAUAGAGGACAGCUUAGCAGCGUCCUCCAUCUCCCACGCUGGAGGCCCACAGUCUCCAGCUCGCAGCACGGAGAACCUGCUCAAUGGACAUCGCUCCAAAGGCCUGAUGGAGCUGGGCCGACGAGAGGAAUCGGUGACUGACUCAGCGGCCCAGGGAGCCUGUGCCGCCGCCGCCUCUGCUUUUUGCUCUGGUUCAGGGAUCAUCAGGGCUCCAGCUCCCUCCACCUCAGCAGCAGCCAAGCAGCGAACAUGCCUGUUCAGGUUGGAGGAGGAUGAAGAGGAGGAGGAUGACCCGUCUCCUCUGCCGACCCAGGUGAUCCUGCGCCGUAAGCCGCCCUCUGUCACCAACCGCCUCACCUCCAGGAAAAGUGCCCCGGUGCUAAACCAGAUCUUCGAGGAGGAAGGGGAGUCUGACGACGACUUCGACAUGGACGAGGGUCUGCCCCCCAAGCUCAGCCGCCUCAAGAUGAACAUAGCCGCCGCCACCAGCCUGAGCUCCGGGGCCGGCUCGUCCCCGGGCUCCACGCAGAAGCGGUACCAGCGACGCAAGAGCCAGGGCAGGGGGUCGUCGUGUUCCAGCUCCGAAACGAGCGACGAUGACUCGGAGAGCCACCGGAGACGUUUGGAUAAAGACUCUGGUUUUAGUUACGGCUGGAACAGAAGGGACAGCAGUGAGGGGCCCCCGGGCAGCUCGGGAGGGAACGGGGGAGGCAGCAGCUCAGGGCAGGGGAAGCCUCCCGGAGAGGGAGGAGGCACCUCUGGUCCAGACCGGGGUAGUCCUCCUGAAGGAGGUGGGAAUGGAGGUGGGGGAGAUUGCGGUGGGGGAGGCGGAGGGGGCAGUAAAGGACAAGACAGCCCCUCCAGCUGUUGUAACAACAGUAGCACUACUAACCCCGCCCUCAGUUCUCUGUCCCGCUCAGCCCGCACUGCGAGCCGUGGCACCGAGCUGGUGGAGAGUCUGAAGCUGAUGAGUCUGUGUCUCAGCUCGCAGCUGCAGCACCACCGCGCGGGGCGAGGGAGUCGAGGUGGCGGGAAGUUGAUCAUAGACCCGUGCAGCCUCUCGGGAGGGAGCGUGAAAAUCCAGGAGAAAUCAGCCUGGAGGAUGUGCAUCGGCUCCACGGGAAGCCUGGACACCAUCACUCUACCCACCACCGCCACCCUGCCCCGCACCCACUCCACCCACCACCACCACCACCACCAUCACCAUCAUCACCACCACCGCAAAACAGCUCCACAUGACGCCCUGAGCCUGAGGGCGGGGCCCACUGUCAGGGACGCUCGCAGCAACCUGAGCGCUUUGAAAAACGGCGUGCUUCAACUACCUCUGUGCGAGAAGACCAUCUCCGUUAACAUCCAGCGCGGUGGAGGCUCCGGGGACGGCCUGCUCUGCACUGCAGCUCCGGCCAGCUGCUGCCAGGUCGUCUGAGGCUCCACCCCCCCCGCGCCGCCUCUCACACAGACCUCUUCAUCUUCUUCACCUCAUGAACUGAACACGCGAUUCCACCGUCUAACGGUCCCGUCUUGUGUGUCGCUGUAGCAGAUAGCUGACCUCACAUCCUCGUCCUCCUGCUGCUGCGUCGCUCCACUUCUGUCGCGUUGAAUUAUUUUGUUGUUGUUUUUCCCUCUGAAUUGUGUCGUUUCAGAGCUUCAUGUCAAAAGCUGCUUUUAACAUUUUACUACUGUUUUCUAGAGAUGUUCCCUUACCUUUUUUUUUUUUUCUUCUAUUCAGCACUGAUUCCGAUACCUGAACCGUUCACAUCCACUGAUCCAUGAACUGCACUGAUACCCGUGCAUUUUUAAAAAUACCUUUAAAACUAUUAACCGUGUAUGGAAGUGAUGGUUGCUCUCGUUGUUGUAUGACCAGCCUCCGUUUUAAACCCUUUGAAAAACAAAAGCCAUAGAACUUCUUUCAUUAUCUAGUAACAACUCAUAAAAAACACAAAUGAAUACGGCAACUCUUUCAAAUUCCAUCCCCUGUUUUUUUAAACAUUUCAAUAUUUUUGAAUUUUUAUUGAACGUUAAAUAAAAUGAAGCCUAUUUUUAUUAUGUACCAUGUAUACACAGGCUUGUAUUUGACCAGUUUUCACCGUCAUCCAUCGUGUGGUCACUACACAUUCUGCCCACUAGAGGGCAGACGUUGUUUGACAUCAUGCAGCAGCAGUACUUCUCGAAAGUGCUCUAUUUCGUUUACAUCGAUAUUAACUUGUUUUAAUAUUCAGAUUAUCUCUAAAUUAUGUAAUCCAGUCCGGCAGCCAUAUACAGUACAUAUUACUGUUUCACUUACGUCUUUUCCCGACAUUAAUAACUGCCAAAUAAUUGGCUUUUUGUCGCGGACAUCACUUCUUCUACAUAUCAGAGGCAGAACAACGCUACGUCUGUCUUUGAACAGCGUAGAGGAACAGAUUUUCUGUUAUUUUGGUUACAUUUUCAUACUUUAAAGACGUGGUAUUGGAUCAACGUAUAGAUUUGCCUACUCGCCGAUACGCGACCUAACGUCUUCAUCAGUAUCGGAGGCUUUUCAGAUACUCGUCUCGGUAUCGGAACAUCUCUACUGCUUCUUCCUCCAGCUGCAGAUUAGUGGAACUGGUUUUAGAUCAUGUUACGAUGUGGAAAGGCUUUGAUUUGAUGGUGACUAAAUACAGACAAAGAACACAGUGGUUAACGUUCAACGUUCUCUAUCAGAUGUUACACAUCGCUAUUACCCUUAAAAAAUAUAUAUAUAUAUGUAUAUAUAUAUACACAUCGGGUGUUGUGAUGUAUGAUAUGAAACAGUAUUUUUUACAAAAAAUAUUUGUAAUAUUUCAAGAUCAAGUCUUAAUUGUUGAAUUAAACCAUGAUAUUGUAAUUAAUAAUAUAUUUAAAAAAAUAUAUUUUGAAAUGUCAUGACCGUGGGGAAAACGUUUGUCUUGAAGAUGACAUUUCUCCCUAGAAAUUUAAAUUUAUUCUCAUAAUUCUCUCUCCACGCAUGGUCAGUCCGUUCAUUGUGACUGUAGUAGAUUAAGAGAGCAGACCACAAGACAGGGCUGCAACUAUAAGUGGGCGGAACUACAAGCAGGAGGCGGAACUACAAGUUGUUUAAACGCACCCACUGGAGAAAGACACCCACUCACCAUAACCCUUAUCCUCACCCUUUCAUAACCACUCGCCUUUCCCCAACCCUUAAUUCCAACCUUAUGCUGCAUUCCAUAUGUAGUUUGAAUUUCCUGUGUAAGGAAACUUGGAGCAACCUCACGCACCCCAGAUUAGGAUUCCGGAAAGUGAAUAGUGAAAUCAUUAAAUCGUCGCAAAAGUACUGUUUCACUUUUAAUUUUUUUUUGUGCGCAAAAUCCGACAGAGCGUUGUUAUCGAUGUGUAUUUUGCUAACGAAGGCUAGCCCGAGAUACGUUUGAAUUUCCAGCUUUUCGACUGGAUCGCUGUGAACUCAGGGAUGAUGUCACUUCCAAGUUCCGAUUUAAUUGGAACGCAGUGUUAAUUGCUAAAUUUAGCCACUCCCCUUCCUCUAUCUACUCCCCUUUCUCAGCACCUGCUAUAGUUAGGAAUCGCCAUGAAGACACCAUGAUACAAUAUUACGAUAUUUAAGUCACAAUGCAAUAUGUUCCUACACACUGACUCAACGUUUUAGUCUCUUCUCAUGUGGUUCUGUGUGAUUUGGACCUCUUGAAGUCCCGCCCCCUUUUCUUGCCAUUCUCAGAUGAAGUCCCACCCCCUUAAUUUUGAUUGGUUAGAUGGUGGAGGCAGAGGCUACAGUGUCUCUCCACGUGAACAUGUGGUUCUGUUUGUGUAUUUCAGUGAGGACAGUUGGGCACUUUUAACACUCCAUACACUCCCCUUCCUUCACCUCUGAACUUUUAGUCUGUAAAGAUCGUUUGUUUUUCACACAGAAAAAAAAAAGCAAAACCCUGGAAAAUGUCCAUACUCAACUUUCUGGACAUUAUCCAGGGUUUUGCUUUUUACCUAUAAAGAAUGCAGAUCAGGGGGGCGGAGUCUGCUAGAGACGAGUCCACAGAUUUGACAGAUUCUCUCUCUCUCUCACGAGAACAUUUGGAAAAAAUGUCCCUAAUUCUUGUUUUUGCAUAAAUUUCAGCAGAAUUCCAUGAACAUGUUUGGACUUCAGUGCAGGUCUGAAAGCAGCCUGAGGGAUGAAAGCGCUCACACAACAGCUAGUUUAAGGGAAGAAGAAAGGUCUUGACCUCUGACCCCACAUUGCACUCAGACAAUCUGUUUGUUUUUGUGUUUUUUUUAAUGUUUGAAAUGUUUUAUGUUUUAUUCUGACUGUUUUAUCCGCGUUCAUUCACGUCAGUGUUGGUAACAGCCCCUUUAAAUAUGGACGUGUCUCUGAGCGGAGUGUGUCCGCUCCCGAUGCUGUAGCAACAACACUCACAUCCGCCAUGUUUGGAAAAUGUUACUGCUGUCUUUUGUAUUGAAAAUAUACAAGCUUUUUUUAUUAUUAUUAUUAUUAUUAUUAUUAUUGUUAUUUUUUUAUUCAUGCUGUAGUCGCUGAAUAUUGUUGUUUUUUUAGUGUCUGUUUGUUGUGAUUCGGCUCCGCCUGCACUCGCGCAUCACCCAAAGCUUCACUGCACACGUCGCUGCAGUGUGAUGACACGUUGUAGAUACACUAAAGGUUUAUUUUUAAACUUUAUUUUUCUUUGGCUGUUGUUUGUGUAGAAGUGAGCGCGUGCGUGUGUGUGUGUGUGUGUGUGUGUGAGUAAGCAGGAGGAGCAGCUGAUGACGAGCAGCUCGGAAUGAGCUGAAAAUGAACAAAUGGAAAAUAAGAUAAAAAGGAAAAUGGGGGAGAUUCCUCAAGGGCAUUGGCAAUAAGCUAUACUGUGUGUUGCAGCUAUCUGUACAGAGAACAGUUUUCUUUUAUUAUUUUUGUUUUUAAUUCAAACUUGUGCAGCUUCAUCAUGACUUCAUUGGACUGUAAAGGAGAAAAGAAAAAAAAAGAGAAAGCUGUGUUUGUCUUUGUUUUCUCUUGGUUCUUGUCUGUUUUUGUCUCCUUUUCCUGUUUUAUUUUGAAAACCAAAUGUACAUAGUGUUGUAAAUAUGGUGCUCUUUCUCUCUAGAAUAGCCGAGUGAAACCUUUUAGCUGUACAGCCAUCUAGCCUUCUGAUAAGAUUAGUACUACUGUGUGGGCGCCUCGGCUCAGAGCGGAGUGGUCACCACGUGGCCGCGUUCGCAGCGUCACGUCGGGUACCGCCCCCCCCACCCCCCCGACUGUCGUCUUACUCAGCUGUAACCAGGUGAACGACGUGCAUGUGUUUCAAUGUUUGACAUUCAGUGACACUGAGGGAAGAGAGCGGAACGUUACUGGACCAAAAAGCAACAGAAGAAGAAGUGACAGGAAUAUUCAGUGUAUUACUCUGUAGUUGACCUGUUGUCAGAUGUUACAUAUAGCUAUGGUAAUAUCCAAAAAUAAAAGUGGAGUACUGUCGCAUAUA